AUGUAUGUAUGUAUAAAACAUACAGUUGACAACUUGAAAAGCCAUUCUUUCCCAGGGGGGGAAGGGCAUCGGAAGAGCAGUAGAGAUGUUUUAUGUGUUAUUUGGUUGCCUAGCUUUUCAACUGCUGGUUCAUGGGCAAGAUCAAUCAGGUUUCCUAAGCAUUGAUUGUGGCACAGUUGAAGGUUAUAUUGAUGAUAAAACUGGCAUAGCUUACGUUCCGGAUGGACAAUAUAUAAGUUCUGGAGAGAAUCAUGAUAUUGCUGAAGAUUUCUUGAGUGGAAUUUCUCAGCAGCUUUCAAAUGUUAGAAGCUUUCCGCUUGGAGGCAAGAAUUGUUACAACUUAACUACACCACAAGGGAAGAAUAACAAGUAUUUGAUUAGAGCAACUUUCAUGUAUGGGAACUAUGACUCCAAAAAUGAAGUUCCAGAAUUUGCAAUCACUGUUGGUUUUGAUGAAUUGGACAUUACAUUUGAAAAUGCGUCUCAAAUUCGAACGGUAGAAAUCAUACAAGUUCCUAAAACAGAUUACAUAUAUGUAUGUCUCCUGAAAUCUGGCUCUACAAUACCCAUUAUAUCAGCUUUAGAGCUCAGGCAGCUAAACAAUGACACUUAUAAGAUCCAGUCUGGAUCAUUAGUACUUGCCACAAUGCUAGAUGUUGGUUCAACGACAAAUCAGAUUGUCAGGUACAAAGACGAUAUGUAUGAUCGCAUAUGGCAACCACUAAACGUUUCAAGCUGGAAACCCAUUAGUGCACAAUAUACUAGUGACAUCUUAAGCAGUAAUGUCUAUAAAAUUCCGUCUGCUGUUAUGAGGACUGCUGUGAUACCUGCAGAUGGAGGCAAAACGUUGAAGUUUACUUGGUACCCUAAUGACCCUACUCGAUGGUUUUACAUAUACUUACACUUUGCUGAGGUUGAAAACACCCAAGUCAGCCAGAAAAGAAUAUUAAAUAUCACAGUCAAUGGUGGUCCCUGGUAUAAUGAACUUGUUCUUGAUAACUACUUGUCACCACAUACUAUUCAGCCUAAUUUUCCUGUGCGUGAAAAUGUGUCAUUUUCGAUAAAUGUCAUGGAGAAUUCAACUCUUUCACCUAUUCUCAAUGCAUUGGAGAUUUAUGGUUUGGUAGACGUUCAACAAUUACCAACUGACCAAGUUGAUGUUGAUGCUAUCAACAAGAUCAAGUCAGUAUACACUGUGAAUAAAAUCUGGCAAGGAGAUCCUUGUGCCCCUGAAAAUUACUCAUGGGAUAGUGUGGGCUGCAGAUAUAAUGGUUAUAGUUCUCCUCUUAUCAUCUCACUGAACCUCUCAUCAAGUGGAUUGGAAGGGACCAUAGAUCCUCUAUUCUCCAGGUUCACAUCAUUAGAAUACUUAGAUUUAUCAUACAAUAGCUUAAGUGGAUCUAUUCCAGAAUCUUUGUCUGAGAUUACUUCCUUGAAGACCUUGAACUUGUCUGGAAAUAAGCUUUCAGGUUUAGUUCCAUCUGUUCUCGUGGAUAAAUUUGACAAGGGCACCCUGAAUUUGAGUGUUACCAGAAAUACAGAUCUUUGUUUCCGUAAUCCGUGCCAGAAAAAGAAGAAAAAUUUUACUGUUCCUCUUGUUGCUUCCAUCACUUCAAUUUUACUUGUCUUAGGUGUUUUAGCAAUCUUGUGGAACUUAAAGAGAAGACAAAAACUUGGAUUUAUCUUCAACAGUAAGAAAGAUGGAAAGACAUUGGAGGCAAGGAAUCGACAAUUCACAUAUUCUGAGCUUGUAGCAAUUACUAAUGACUUCCAGAAGGUGAUUGGAAAAGGAGGAUUUGGAACAGUCUUUAGUGGCCAAUUGAAAGAUGGAACUCAAGUUGCUGUCAAAAUGUUAUCACCAUCUUCAACUCAAGGAUCCAAGGAAUUCCAAACUGAGGCACUGCUUUUGACAAGAGUUCACCACAGAAACUUGGCUUCUCUGAUUGGAUACUGUGAUGAUGGUCCACACAUGGGGCUUGUGUAUGAGUAUAUGGCUAAUGGAAACUUGCAAGAACAUUUAGCAGAUGGGAAAGCAGCUGUAUUGACUUGGGAACUGAGACUUCAGAUAGGAAUUGACACAGCACAAGCAUUGGAAUAUCUGCAUGAUGGCUGCAAGCCGCCCAUCAUCCACAGGGAUGUCAAGACUGCUAACAUCUUAUUGAAUGAGAAAUUGCAAGCAAAAGUUGCAGAUUUUGGCUUGUGUCGAUUCCUGCCAUUGGAAUCUGGAACCCAUGUAUCAACUGCAGUUGUUGGCACACGCGGAUAUCUUGAUCCUGAGUAUUACAUAUCCAAUCGGUUGAACGAGAAAAGUGAUGUCUAUAGUUUUGGGAUUGUGCUCCUGGAGCUUAUUUCAGGGCAGCCUGCCAUACUCAAGAACCAUGACAAUACUCACAUAGUUCAAUGGGUUAAUCCUAUGCUUGGAAGAGGGGAAAUAAGAGGCAUUAUGGAUCCAAGAUUAGGGGGAUAUUAUGACAUAAACUGUGUGUGGAAAGCUGUGGAGAUAGCAAUGGCAUGUGUAUCAUCUAGCUCCAUUCAAAGGCCAACCAUGAGUGAAGUAGUAGUGGAAUUAAAGGAAUGCUUGGACAUUGAGAUGGCCGGUAGAAAUAAUUCCAUGGUGAAAAAUGAUAGUGAGAAUACUGCAAGUUCUAUUGAAAUGAUGAUUACGGACAUUGAAACUUCUUUAGGUCCCCAAGCAAGGUAGUAAUUGUUGUGAAUUGUGGGUUUCUUGGUUACUGCAAUUUCUUGUCUUUGGUUGAAGUCAUUGCCUCAUAGUUCAUUUAGAAAAGAAUAUUUCAAUUUGCUGCAAAUGGAGUUAUAAUUUUAGUGAUUGUAACACACUUUCUAUAUCAUCAUAAAUUUUCUUUUCUCUGAA